AUGUCUCUCAAAAACGACGCAUUCCCCUCCUCCACCGCCUUCGACCUCAUCUCCAGUUCCCUCCAAAACUCCCCCGCGGACCGCGACUCCGCCAUAAAACAAGUCAACGCAAUCUUCGCCUUCGUCCUCAAAAACUCCGCCGGAGAAACCGCCACCUGGCACAUCGAUCUCAAGAACGAAGGCACAGUAGGAACGGGACCUGGAGAAAAGCCCACGGUGACAUUAAGUCUCAGCGAUGAGGAUUUCGGCAAAUUGGUAAAUGGAAAGGCGAACGCGCAGAGACUUUUUAUGGGGGGUAAGUUGAAGGUUAAGGGGGAUGUGAUGAAGGCGACGAAGAUGGAACCGAUUUUGAAGAAGGCACAGGCGGGCGCUGUUAAGGCGAAGUUGUAG